AUGGGGGGACGUUCCUACGCCACCAUUGGCCGAGGGGCGUGGUCUAGAGACACGAGAGUUGUUGCACUAAGUAGAAAUACAGUGUCGACUAUCCUAAGAUUAAAAGUAGAUCAUGGAUGUUUUCUAAAGCACCUACAUAAAAUCGGAGUUCUCUCAACAGGCAGAUGUGAGUGUGGAAUUAGCAUGGAUGAUAUAAAUCAGAUAUUCUUUAACUGUCCCGUACAUCUCAAUACAAAAGAUAUUGAAUUGGAUUCAGACAACUCAUCAGAUCACUUUGACUCUAGAAGCAUGCUCUCAACUACAUCGACUAUACCUCCAGAUGAAAUUAAAAACCGUCUUAAAAAACAAUUGCUGGUCAAAGAAAAAAGACAACAAAGAAAGAAAUGUGUUGCCAAAGGAGAGAGCAGUGCAGUUACAAGAAGCAGAAGAGAAAAUUCCAAUACUAUUAAACAAUCUCAAGGAAUUUGGUGUGAUUAGUUAAUUUUGUUUAGUAAUAUCUAUUUGAUAGUAUCUAUUUGAUAAUAUCUACCAAUGUUUAUAUACUUAAUCCGAAAAAAAAAAUAUACAAAAAUGUCUUUAUAAAAA